GUCCAGGGAGAGCGGAUAUUGUGAAUGCGGGGUCCGGGGAGAGCGGAUAUAGUGAAUGCGGGGUCCGGGGAGAGCAGAUAUAGUGAAUGCAGGGUCCGGGGAGAGCGGAUAUAGUGAAUGCGGGGUUCGGGUAGAGCGGAUAUAGUGAAUUCAGGGUCCGGGGAGAGCGGAUAUAGUGAAUGCAGGGUCUGGGGAGAGCGGAUAUAGUGGACGCAGGGUCCAGGGAGAGUGGAUUUAGUGAAUGCCAGGUCCACCCAGAGCGCAGCCAUGACCGAUCGGUCGGUUGGGAUCCCCCCUGGCGGGUGGUGCAGAGUUUACUGGAAGGAGGAGGCGGCGGCUCCUGUGGCUCCAUCUGGCACACUGUUGCUAGGCGGGGA